CAUGGAUAUCCUGGCGAUUGGAAUGAACUCAUGAUGAAUAUUUCCAAUUAGAAUUUUUGUAUUUAAUGGCAACAUACUCCCAAAGCUGUGGUGUUUGUGACCUUCGUCACACCACGACACCAUCCAUAGUCUGGUGUACAGAAUGUGAUGAAGGGCUAUGCAAAGACUGCCAGGAACACCAUAGUUUGUCCAAGGCGUCUAGGAACCAUAGUGUGAUACCUAUUGAAGAUUACCAAAAAUUACCAUUAGACGUUCUGAAGAUCAGCCAGUACUGUACCAAACACAAUAAAAAGUAUGAAAUGUAUUGUCAGAAACACGAACGUUCUUGCUGCAGCAAAUGCAUGCUACAAAGUCACAAAGAAUGCCGGGAUAUAGUCGAUUUAGAUGACGUCAUUCAAAAUACCGAAACUUCAAAUGCCUUGUCCGAAUUAGAAGAAACGUUGGCUGAAGUAUCAGAAAAUUUACAGAAAAUUCGCAGGUACAAACAGAACAAUCUGUCAACUCUGAAAGAAAGAAGAAAGGCAAUUGAAAAAGAAAUAAAGCAGACUAAAAUAGAGAUGAAUAUUUAUCUCGACAAACUACACGAAGAUUUAAUGAAAGAACUCUAUGCAGCAGAAGAAAAGGAAAACUCGAAAAUUUGUCAGUUAUUGUCAUCCUUAGAAAAGAAAGAAAAAGAAAUAGAAGAAUGCCAGAAACAUAUUAACAACAUAAAACAACAUGCAACAAACAUUCAGAUGUUCCUUUCGGUGAAGCAAAUCGAAGAAGACGUCUCUAACAAAGAUAAAUUCCUACACUCGUUACUUCAAGGUGAGGAUUUGAAGCAGCAUUCUCUAUCAUAUAAACUAAACGGAACUAUUAAGACUUUCAUGUCCGACAUCAAAAGUUUUGGAGAAGUACAUAUAGAGGCAAAACUUUGCGAUAUCGUUCUUACCAGAAAGAAAGUCAAACAAGCCCAAAUGAUGGUAUCAACAGUUCAUACAAGAUCCAUAGAGAAUAUAAAGUUUAAGAUCCACAAGACCAUUAACACUAGGUUAAAUGAUAUUUACGGUUGUUGCAUGAUGUCGGAUGGAAGGCUGGCAUUUUCUGACUUUAAUAAAACAAUAAAAGUGUUCAAUACCGAAGGAUUAGAAGACUUUCAAGUGAAGAUGCCGUACCACGCGUAUGAUAUAGUACAUAACAAUGUAGAUAAUACAUUGGUGGUUACAUCUGAUGGUGACAAGACAAGUUGUAUUACCAUUAUAGACAUUGAGACUACCAAAAUCAAGAAAUGUAUUGCUCUGCCUUCGUCCAAUUAUGGCAUAGCACUUCAUGAAAACCGAUUAAUCUAUGUCGGACAUACAAAAGGGAUAUACGCGAUCAACCCGUUAAACGAGUCUAUAACUGAUAUAGUCCAGAAUGAAAUGCCCAGUGACUGUUACAUUGCAACAUUUAAGGACAGAAUAUAUCACACAAAUUGGGGAAAAAACACGGUAACAUGUUAUAAUGUACAAGGUAAAAUACUAUGGACAUUCCAAGAAAAUUGCGUCCUGGCGAAUCCUCACGGAAUUGAUGUUGAUGAGAUUGGUAAUUUGUACGUCGUAGGAACUAAUUCAAGAAAUGUUGUAGUAAUCUCUUCUGACGGACAGCGAUAUAAAGAAAUAUUGUCGGCAAGUGAUGGCCUUAGACAACCUUUCACACUUCAUUUUAGUGAAUCGAAGAAGCAGUUGCUAGUUGCAGAGUCUUCUGACAAGGCUUAUGUGUUCAAUUUGAUGUGAAAAGUUGAGUUAAACAAAAUGGCUAUUUCGAUCAUUCUGUGAAGUGUUUAUAAUUAAUGGAAGUUCGGAACACAAAUUAUCUAAUUGAAUUCAAUUAGAUAAAGUUUCUAAUUGUGUACUAUUAAAUAGUGUUUAGUUUAUAUAUGCGGGGUGCUGUAGCUACUAGUGAUCUUAAAUAUUGAAAUAAAUGUAGUUGCUGAAAAAUACCUACUAUUAAUUUGAAUCAAACUCUUGAACGAAGCUAUUUUAUCAUAGUUGAUUUUUUUUAUGUUUGAUCAGUAUAAAGAAAAUAUACAAAUCAAAUACACGUUGUCAUUUUGAAAGCUACAUGUUGAAAGCGAUUUCUACCCACACAAACAGUAAAUACAACAUACUGUAUGAAUGUGUCGGAAUUUAUUUUGGCAUUUUUUUUUCUAUCUGCAAAAAUAAGCGAAAUUUUACAGCCCGCGAAAAUAACCCGCUAUAUGGUAUAUUUAUCGAACAAUACUGUGGAUUCAUAUUUAUUCGUUGGAUGACAUUGUUUUGUGAAUUUUAUAGGUACAGCUGAACCACGAAAUUAAAUGUUAAAUCAAUGACACUUUUUUUUAUAGGAUAUCGUGCCGCUUUUGGCAUAACCACAAACUAAAUAUCCAUGAAUAUAUAAGUUUUCCUUAAUCCACAAGUUGUAUAACAACGAAACAAAACUAAAUAGAUCUACAGUACUUCGAAUUGCAGCUACAUUUCGAUUUAUGAUAACACUCAAUCAGUCGUACUUGUCACAUCAAAGCUAUAUAGAAUACACAUGCAUGUUUUUUCAUUGGUAUU